UCACUUUAUAAGACGUCAUCACAUCUCCAAUCUUUACCUCGUAUACACCAACUGAGCGUCAGUUUAAUUUCCACUGCUAAAGGAGAAACUACAACUCUGUGUGGAUUUAAAAAUCAAAAAUAUUUACUGUUACAUCUUCAGUAUGGGGACGAAGCGAUUACUUUUUGUAAUUGCUAUUUCUCUGUUAGUGAUUGGCUGCAUCGACGCGCGAAAAUCAAGUGGCAGUCGUCGAAGAGGAAGUAGCAACAGUCGUGGUUCCUCAUAUUCAAGAACAACAUCGAGACCUCAACACUCUCAAGCUCAAAGGGGCCAGGACUAUAGAAACUGGGCGGCAAAACUCACUGGAGCUGGACAAGAUAAAAAUCAUAAAGUGGGAAAUCAUCGUCCAGAUUCCAACUCAGGAACAAUUGGCUGGAACGUUCCACCGAAGCAGACCCCAACAACGAACGUGAAGGCAUCAGCACCAGUAUCAGACACAGUCUCCAAAACAAGUGCAACAAAUGUUCAGAACUCGAACUGGAAGCCCUCAGGAGGAUAUGGUGCAAAUGGUCAACCCAACAAUCCUUCGAUGAACACAGGACACCAAGGAGCACCUCCUCCAUACAAUCCAUCCGUCGGCAGUCACAAUCCGCCUCCAUACAGUCAAACCUACCACCCACAAUCUCACAAUCAACCGUAUGGAGGACCACCAGCAUACGGAGCACCACCAGCUUAUGGAUCUCCAUCAUAUGGAUCACCUCCAGCCUAUGGUGGUAACUAUCACGCACCAGGAGGCUAUCACGCACCCGGUGGUUAUCAAUCCCCAGGAGGAUAUCACGCACCACCAGCCUACAAUCCUUACCAGAGCCAUUCUACAUCCCCUGGAAUUGGUUACAAUCCUCCAGUGGGUCAUGCACCUCAAACGAUUCUGGUGCAGGGUGCAUCAUCCAGACCAGGAAUAGGACAAUUAGCCAAGGAGGCUCUGGUAUUCGGUGCUGUAACUGCUGGAGUCAAUGCAGCUGUCAAUAGAAUCAUUCCUGGAGGAAUCUACGGGAACUCUGGUCAUUAUGGAAGCAGCGGUGGUGGUGGUGGUGGAGCUGUUGGAGUACCAGCGUCUACCCAUACCCAGAUUACCUAUAACAAUUAUUAUAAUAAUGGUAGUGCACCUCAGCCAGCUGAAGGAGCUGCUGCUCCUGCUGCUGCUCCUGCUGCUGCUCCUGCUGCUGCUCCUCCUGCUGUUGCUCCAGCUCCUGGUGCUCCUGCAGCUGCUGGCAAUCCACCCAAUCCCCCUGGUGCUAAUCCAAUCCCGGAACAACCUAGUCAGGGUUCUAAUACUAAUGCCAGUCCUGAUAAAACAACCAGUGGAGAAGCUGGAAAACCUGCUAAUCCUCCUAGCGAGGAAGCACAAUUCCCUAGUCCUCUGGGGUAUGUCAUUACCAAAGCCGAGAUUGAGAAACUCACUGAAGAUUUGUUGAGCAAGGAUAAGAAUAAUGCAUUCAAACAUAUCACCGUCAAUCUACAGGGACAGAAGACCGAUGACAGUGUCACUGAUGAUGCACCCGAAUCAUUAUUAGCUGUUAAAGAAGAAGCCUACGAAAUUCCAACGAUAAAAGCAGUAGUGGCUCUCCACGAUAACUACGAGCUUGAUAUUAAAGUCAAGGAGAACGUGACACCUGAAAAACGAAAGGAGCAGAACGAGUUGUUGGAUCAAUUCAUGCAGACAGAGAUAAUGCAGGCAACGUUGAAAUUCCUGGCUGAGAAAGGAUACGUCACUAACGAUGAGUACGACUUCAAAGAUACCUUGAGACGGAUUUGGUUCACUCAGUUCAAGAGGAUUGACGCUGACCCCGGAAGCUCUGGAUUCGAAACUGUAUUCCUGGCUGAGCAAUUUGAUAAGGAGAUUAUUGGAAUGCAUAAUUGGGUGUAUUACGCCAGACAGGAAGCUGCGAAGAAACUGAAUUACUUGGGGUAUAUCAAGCAGCAGUCCCUUGGAGAUAAGGGGGCCAUUGUUAAACUUCGAUCAUCCCUCAACGAAAUUGUUCAGCCUGUCACGACGAUUUUCGUUGGCACAUCACCAGAGCUGGAGAUGUCCUUAUACACAAUGUGUUUUUACACACGACCAAAUUAUCCUUGUCCUAUUAAACUUGGUGGCACUGAAUUUGUUAUCAUCGCUAACCGAGUGAAUUAUUUGGGUACCGAUAUCCUGGUCUCAGCAUAUCCAGAGAUCUAAAACUACUUCAUACUAUUUAAUAAAUUCAAUGCAGUUAAAAUCUAAUUGAAACUUGAGAUUUUAAACGAUAUCACAGUUAAUGGAAGAACAAUCUGGUAAUGGAGAACCUUUGGUUAUUAUAAAAUGAUUUUUUGAGUAUUCUACAUCACGAAAAGAAGUAAUUUUGCUACGAAUGCCUGAGAUUCAAAUGUGAUAAUUUUCUAACGAUCCAGCGAGAUUUUGUAAUGAACAAAUAAUAGAUAAGUAGAAAUAAAUUCGCGUCAAUUAAAGUUCAAUGAAAUGUUUAUUGAA